AUGGACGCAAUAUCCCGUCCGCCCGCCGCCCCCCUCUCCGCGCGCCGAUGGGUUGUGGGACACAAGAAGUGGGCUCCCCCCGCCGCCGCCCCCCCGCCUGCUUCCGCCUCCUUCGCCUCCUCUCUCGCCGACUCCUUCGUUCCGUUGCACGCGCACUCGUCGUACGUCCCGUCGCACCCGUCGCUCGUCUCGUCGCACCCGUCGCACGGCGGCAGCUGGGCGAACGGAAGCGUCGUGGAUGGGAGCUGCGGGCUGGAGGGGUCGCAGCGAGGGCGCGCGGACGAGAGCUGGUCGGGCGCGCGCAACAUCGGCGCGCGGCAUGACGGGGAUGCGGCGGUGCCAGGGGGAGCGCAAGCGGAUGCUGGGUGGCGGAAGCGGAAAAGCCAUCUAUCCUCCACUGCCGACGACUCCGCCUGUCUGACGUCAUCACAUGCCCCUCACGCCCCCCGUUCCGCCCUGCCGGACGCGGCCGUCGCGCCGUCGCACGCGGACUCCCCCUUCGCGCAUCCCUCCGCCUCCCCCCCCGCGCAAGCUACCCGCUGGGACGUGCCUCUUUUCUCCGCAAAGCGCGCAUGCCUCGCGGGGGUCCAGCGCAGGCCCGCGGAACGCGCGGCUUGGGCGGAGAGUCCAGGCGCGUGGGGGGCAGGUCCAGCGGCUUUCGAAGCGCAAGGUCGGGAAGCCGCUGCGGCGGCGGCGGCUGUGGCGGGAAAGGCGGAGGGCAGAGGCGGCGCGUGGCGGGCGCUGAGCGCGUCGUCUGUCGACUUCGCGCCGCAUCCGUUCCAGCCAAACGCAGAGUCGGAUUUGCUUCUGGAGGCAUCGGGCGGCGGAGCGCCGCUUGCGUUCGCCGUGGGCGCGGCGGCGGGCGCGCACGGUGACGGGCGCGGGGGGAUCCACCAUCCCGCGUCCUCCGCGCGCAGCAUCGGCGGGUCAAUGGAGAGCGUCGCGCGCACGCGGCGGGUGGUAUGCGCGCGGGGCAGGAAGCGGCAGGGAGCGGGGGGGGAUCCGGGGCAGCAGGUCGCGAUGACGCGGCGGGCGGGCGACGGCGCCGCGCUUAUUGAGGCGGGCGGAUGGGCGGCAGCGCAAGGGGAAGGGGAGCAGAGCUCGUGUGCGUAUGGGGGCGAAAGGACCGAUGCGGAGGGCGGGGAGAGGCCGGAGGAGGAAGCGGAGAGGAGGGAAGGAGGAGUCGGCGCAGAGAGCACCGUGCGACCGAGGAGGCGGAGGCGGAAGGUGGGGCUAGUGGGGGUGGCGGAAGAGGGGGAGGCGGCGGAGGAGGAGCGGGAUGGGCUGGCAUCGUCUGCGAGGCGGCCUCCCUCGGCGCAUGCGCCCGUGCUUGCGGGAUGCGCGGCGGCAGGCACGGCGGACGGCGGGCCAGCAGGGAGUGCGAGCGUGGAUGACGGCCUGCGCGCAGGUGGUGCCGCGAGCGCCCACACGUGCGCGCCGUCCCCCGCAGAGUUCCGCGCGCGCGAGGGGAGCAGCAGGGACAGCAGCGGGGGCAGCAGCGCGUGCGAGCGGGAGAGCACGGGGAGCGAGCAGCGGGGGAGCGAGCAGCGCGCAGGGCGGAGGCGGAGCGCGCGCGUGCUGCAAGAAACGGUGAACGGAGCGCGCGGCGAGGGGCUACGGGACGAUGACGGGGAGGCGCGCUGCUGCGCUGACGAUCGUGGAGACACGCUGCAACGGCAGAGGCAGCGGCAGAGACCAAACGGAACAGCGGGGGAAGCUGGGGGAGCGGGAGCAGAGGCGGAUGAGGAGGCGGAGAUGAGGCGGCGGUUCAGCGUGGUGGUGCAGUCGCAGGUGGUGGGCAGCGAGGAGGAGGACGGACCGCUGGAGGGCGACGCCGAUAGGAGCAUGCGGAGCACCCCUCCCUCCCUCCACACUCCCCUUGCUCCCCCUUCAAUGCCUUUUCCGUUUUGCAUGCCAGGACUGCCAGCGCCCAAGAAGAAGCCCACCAUAGAUGACGAGUUUGAGCAGUACUUUGCGCAGCUGCUCUUGUAG